CUUAUAACAGGAUAUCUCACUGGCGCGAAAAACGCACUGUGUGGCUUUCUCUUACGCAUUGUGGGCUGAAACCUAGAUCCUGUUGUCUCAGCCCCGGCGUGUGUGCGUGGCCCCUUUUGUUUUUUCUUCUGGUUUAAAGAGAACUCAAAGAAAAGUAGUAGCAGCACGUCUUUAAAUCCAGUCUGACCUGGCGGAUCCUUUACGCGUCUGAUCACCGUGUACUCUUUGCUCUUUGGCUGCUGCAGGGGGGUUUCUCAUGCCCUCGUAAUUCACGUUGAGAUUUUCUCUGCGGAGAAGCCGGUUGAACAGGACGUUCUCCACAGAGCUGAUAUCUGAUCCUUUUUGGGAAUAAACUCUACCAGACUUGUUACUAUCUGGAAACAUGGCGUUCGACUGUUUCCAGCACUAUUUUUUGGAUGAUUUCGACACCGAGGAGGACUUUUACAAGUCGACCGCGCCGAGCGAGGACAUAUGGAAAAAGUUCGAGCUGCUGCCCACCCCUCCCAUGUCUCCGACCCGGACUCUUAGCGGCGCUGCCCUGCACCUCUCGCCGGGAGACAAACUCAGCUGGCUGUCCAAGGUGCUGGGGCAGGACGAGGAGUGCGAGGGUCCCUUCAUCCCGGACACGGAGAAGCUGUUCGGGAACCUCAGCUCCAUCAUCAUCCAGGACUGUAUGUGGAGCAGCUUUUCCGCCAGCAAGCAGCUGGAGAAGGUCAGCGGGAGAGUGGCGGCCACCGCUGCCUCCCCGGUAGCGCAGAUCUCCGUGAGACCCAACAAAGCGCAGUGCGUCUCCACGGGUGGCCCGCUCCCCGCCUCGGCCACAGACUGCGUCGACCCGGCGGCUGUUCUCACCUUCCCGGCGAGCAGCUGCAGGAAGCCGGCCUCGUCAGGCUCCGAGUCUCGCUCUGAUUCCUCUGAUGAUGAAGAGGAAAUCGAUGUGGUCACCGUGGAGAGCAAGCAGAACCGGGUGCGGCUGGUCAACGUCAGAAAGCCAGUCACCAUCACGGUCCGGGCCGACCCAUGCCCCAAACGCUUCCACAUGUCCGUCCACCGGCAGCAGCACAACUACGCCGCCCGAUCACCAGAUAGUGAGCCUGAGGAUGAAGACGACGAUGAUGAUGACGACGAUGAUGAUGAUGAUGAUGAUGAUGAUGAGGAGGAGGAAGAAGAGUAUGAGGAAGAGCCUCAAAGCAAGCGUGCCUGCACAGCAUCCAGCCAGCAGGUUCGUGGCUCCCAGCCCACCUCUCCCUCAGAGUCCCCCCAAAACUCAGACGCAGAAGACACUGACCGCAGACGGAACCACAACUUCCUAGAGAGGAAGAGGAGGAACGACCUCCGCUCUCGUUUCCUCGCCCUGCGGGAUGAAAUCCCCGGCCUGGAAUCAGCUAAGACCCCUAAGGUUGCCAUCCUGACACAGGCGACGGAGUACCUUGUGGAGCUGCACUCAAGAGAGAAGCGGCAGCUCCUGGAGAAGAAGCGCCUCAAGUCCCGUCAGCAGCAGCUUCUCCGCAGAUUAUCUGAGCUGAAGCGCUCCUGAGACUCUGUCACAGUCAAGAACAUUUUUGAAAAGCUACAGUUCUUUUUCAUAACCACAUGCCUCAUGUGAAUAGCCAUGGAAUGAAUUUUGUGUGGAACACGUUAAUAUUGCUGUGGGCUUCCGCUGAAUUGACAGUGCUGGCCUGUGAACCUGUCACGGGGAGGAGCAGUUAGAUCUCUGUCUGUUUUAUAUUUUUCUUUGCACAGUGUGUUAAUUUGGAACACGGAGGCUUGAAUUAAUUUACUUUUAUAGCUAUGACCAAGAUAUAUCCUGGUAUGUUUUGAUGGGGGACUGAGAAAUGGUUGUUAAUAGUUACCAGUGUGAUGCCUGUAUCCUUCAAGGUGUGUGUGUGUAUGUGGAAGCAGGUUGGGGGGUCUUCAGUGCACACUUGAGUGAAGUGUGAAUGCCUUUCUGUGUACAUACUAUUGAAUGAGACUGAUUGUGCGACUGAUUGUGUGAUGUACAGAUUGUCUUGUAAAUAAUAGCUUAUUGCUCCUGAUGAAGGAGAAGGAAUCAAGAGUUGUCACCGGGUAUAGCUCCUCUGUUUAACGGGCCACCAGGCGCAGGGGAGCCUCUAUUUUGUUAAGAAAAUAGGAAAACUGACAAAAAAA